CAGGAUGAAGUUGCCUGAGUCAUUUGUAGCCAUCUUUCUCUUCCUGAUAUGGCACUCAGUAUCAUCUGGAAAUGGUGCAGCACAAGCAUGCACAUUCAUUGUGAGAAACUCAUGCCCCUUUCCAAUAUGGCCGGGGACUGCCCCAAACAAAGGUCAUCCAGUGAUAGCUAAUGGAGGAUUCUACCUUCCACCAGCCCAUGUCUGGCAAAUCCAAGUCCCAGGGGGUUGGAAUGGUCGCAUUUGGGCUAGGACUGGAUGCAACUUUGCCUCCAACCGGAAGCCUGCCUGUGAAACAGGCGACUGUGAUGGACGACUCCAGUGCAACGGAAGUAUAGGCCUUCCUCCAGCUACACUAGUGCAAAUUGCACUGCAGGCAGACCAGACCAAACCAAGUUACUACGACAUCAGUCUCGUUGACGGGUACAACCUUCCUGUAUCUGUCUCUACGGUCCCGGAUGCACAUAAAUGCCACAUCGGAGGGUGCCCGAAGGAUGUGAAGGACAUAUGCCCAGGAGAGCUUAUGGUAUUGAACGACAAUGGGGAAGUUGUGGCGUGCAAAAGCGCUUGCUUGGCUUUCAAUCUCGACUCAUUCUGCUGCAGGAAUCAAUAUGGUAGCCCAGAGAAGUGCAAACCAAGUGUGUACUCACAAUUGUUUAAGGAUGCUUGUCCCUCUUAUUACAGUUAUGCCUUUGAUACCCCACCACCACUGGUGAGUUGUGUUUCAAAUAAAUACGCAAUAACUUUCUGUCCUUCAAAAUGGGGCAGAGAAUAUGAGACUAUGUAGAGUUAAACUGCCCUUUCUCUCAUCAAAUGUUACAGGGUUUGUUUCUUAAUGGUAUUUGGUUAUGAUUGAAGUACAUGUUUAUUGAUCUUAUUAUUUUGUAGUAAAGGAAUGUGACUUCCAAUAGU